AUGUUCACAAAGAAUGCACUAUGUCUCAUGGUCCUUCUUGCUUUCUUCUACUGCCCGAGUCAAGCGGCCACAGACGAUAAGGACGGUGAGCUGGUGGCCUACAGGCGAGUGUCGUGGACAAACACCUACACCGGAAACCAGGCUGAGGGAGUGGAGGCCACGCAUUGCUUCAUGAAAGCAAAAGAGGAUUGUUCCGAAAGGAAAGUGGACAAUAAAUCCUACAGAGCUUACUUGGCAAUCAAAAUAAUGGACCCCGUUUAUAUUGGAGACGAAGAAAAGUUUAGCUGUGUCAUCCACUCUUUUCGUAAAAACGACUAUGGAAGUAUUAAAUACGAGUCUGAUGCGUCUGUCCUUUACAGGCCCCCAACUAUCUUGGAUCUGGCUAAGGCAGCAAGACAGAACAGAAGAAAUGCUCUCAAAAUCUUUCAGGACGCCGCGGCUUUUAGACUCAUCUACGGUGAUAAAUAUUAGAUAUAAUGUUGUGGUUACAAGACCAGGCUGAAAAUGCCCUCUUUUUCGGAUAUUAUAAUGAUUAAAAGGAAGUCUAAAACUAAAGACUGAGUGUUUAAAACGUAAGUUUUGAUAACAAUGUUGAUAAGGUAAAAUGCUGGAUUUUAUAUUUGAUAUCAUUAUUAUUUUUUUUUCUUGUGGCUUAUUUUAAAAAUAAUUAAAAUUUCUUUUUCCUUCCUUUCUUUUUUUCUUUUAUUAUUUUUUGUAUUGUUCUUCAACUUUUAAUAUAUAAAUAUUCCAUUCCUGUAUCUAUUUUAUCUUUAAUCAUUUGUAAGAGAGCACCUUUACCUGUUAUAGCAUUAAAGAAAACGUUUAGCUAUGUCAUAAG